GGAACGUAAGACAAGGAAUUGUUCGUGGAUGAAGUAAUAGUUUAUCAACAAGCCAACAGCAAGACUAUACUGAGUUACUGUUAAGCUGUUUACUGCCAUCUGUCUGUGUCGUGCCGUAUAGAUCUGCGCGGCAUAUUAAAAAAGCGAACAAUGUUUGUACGUUGUAAUGUUGGCUACCAUGUAGAAGUUUCUGUAUAUAACCACCUGUUCAAAGUAAACGCGCUCAUAAAAUUUUCGAAAUGAAGUCCUUCGUACCGUACCCAGAAGACAGCGAUUUUCCUAUCGAAAAUCUCCCAUAUGGCGUGUUCUCCACCAAGAAAGAUCCAAGUCAUCGCAUUGGAGUGGCUAUUGGAGAUCAGAUACUGGAUCUCAAGGCCAUACGCCAUCUCUUCGCAGGACCUCAUCUGAAGGACAAGCAACAUGUCUUUGAGGAGCCUGUUCUCAACAGCUUUAUGGGACUGUCACCAGCAGCAUGGAAAGAAGCACGUGAGACAAUACAAACACUUUUAUCCUCUGAAAAUAGAGUUCUACAAGAUGAUGCUGAAUUGAGGAAUAGAGCAUUGGUGCCACAGUCAGAUGCUGAAAUGCAUCUUCCAGCAAUUAUCGGAGAUUAUACUGAUUUUUAUUCAUCGAUAAAUCAUGCCACAAAUGUGGGCAUAAUGUUCCGUGGGCGAGAGAAUGCAUUAUUACCAAACUGGAAACAUUUGCCAGUUGGCUAUCAUGGACGUGCCUCGUCAAUUGUAGUAUCAGGGACGCCAAUUCGUCGCCCAAAUGGACAAACAUGCCCUGUUGAAGGAGCAGCUCCAGUGUUUGGGCCCUGCCGGCUCAUGGAUUUCGAACUAGAGAUGGCUUUCUUUGUAGGAGGGCCUCCCACCAAACUUGGGGAGCCAAUUCCAGUUAAUGAAGCACAGGAUCACAUCUUCGGAAUGGUACUCAUGAAUGAUUGGAGUGCUCGAGACAUUCAGAAGUGGGAAUAUCAGCCCCUUGGGCCAUUCCUAGCAAAGAAUUUAGGAACAACUAUCAGUCCAUGGGUUGUAACUCUACUGGCACUGGAGCCGUUUAAAGUUGAUAAUUUACCACAGGAUCCCAAACCUUUCCCAUAUCUUCAGCACAAUGAUAAGUUUAAUUUUGAUAUUAAACUGGAAAUAUUCAUUACUCCUGAAGGUGGUACUCCUCACAAAAUAAGUCAGACAAACUACAAGGAAAUGUACUGGACGGCAAAACAACAACUGGCACAUCACACAAUUACUGGCUGUAAUGUUAACCCAGGCGAUCUUAUGGCAUCUGGCACAAUUAGUGGGACAGUUGCCAAUUCUUAUGGAUCAUUGCUUGAACUUGGUUGGAAGGGUACCAAUCCUGUGGAGUUGCCUGGUGGAACCUAUCGAAAGUUUCUGGUGGACGGGGAUGAAGUUACAUUGAAAGGACACUGUGAAGGUAAAGGAUACAGAGUUGGAUUUGGCUCGUGCACUGGAAAGCUCCUGCCAGCCUUGGAUUUACAAUAACUAAGAUGUACAAAAACCUUUAUAACUGAAGCUGUAAAUACAGUUUUUUUUAAACUUUUGAUAAGA